CUCGUUAUUGUUUUUUUCCCCUGCUCAACAGGGCUCAAAGUGCUGCGAAGUGAGCGUCGGGGUUUGGCAUGCUCGCGUCUUCAGCUGGUGCUGCUGCGCCAAAGCCCCCGCCGCGGCGGCCCCGCUCGGGAUCGGUCGAUACCGCCGUCCCACUAGUGCUCUACUUGCGAGUGUGGGCAAAUUCGGCCGUCGUCGCCGCCGAGUCGACCACCCGCAAUGACGCUGCUCAAUUCGGCUCAGCUCACGACGCGGCCACCACUACCGCAGGUCUGUCUUCCACCCCUGCCCCGCAGCGCAAUGUCACAACGGGACUGUCGGCCGACCAAGAGCUGCUCGUCGAUGCGCUCGUGCUGGAAGUGCCCACGGGCCGCUUGGCCGCAGCCGGUCUGCCCAGUGCCCGUGCAGCGCUGCACCGCGCAAGGAUUGCACGGAUUCGUCGCGAGUUGUUUGUACUGGAAGUCGAGCGCGCGCGUCGCCUCGCCAUGCUCAACGCAACACUGCAGAAGGUUGCUACGGUCGCCAGCCAACUGCUGACGGCGUCCGAGGCGGCUGCGGCGGCUGCGUUGGCCGGUGCGGGACCUGGCGCUGCCUCCGAUGCAGAAUCGCCAUUCGCAGCGCUUGCCAAUGCCGCGAGCAAGUUUGGCCUGCUGCCACGAUCAAGCAAGGCACUUAAUGCCGGUGCGCUAGCCUCGCCAAGUUCGACAGGCUCUAUUGCAGAUGUGGCCGCGUCGAAAACGGGACCGCGCUCGUCGCCAAGCAACUCUGUCUUUUACUUUCCAUCGUCAUCGCCUUCUCCGGGACAGCCUUUUGACCAACCCUCAUCAUCAGCAGCUGCCGAAGAAUCUGGGAUGGAUGCUUCUUCUGGGUCGUUGGACAAGACUGACAAGCUUUCCUUGGACAAGUUGUCCUUGGACAAGGUGUCUGUCGACAAAUUGCCGCUCACUACUACUCCGCCAGGACAAUCUCCUGCGCCAGUCCUCAUGAUGGUGCCGCACGUCACGUCGCCGCUUGUUGAGCAACUGUUAACGCUAUCGCGUGCUGGAGAUGCGGCGACGCUGUCAGCGCGGCUGCAGCAACAAUACGGGAUGGCCGGUGCUCUCCAGCACUCGCAACAACUACUGCAACAACUGGGCAAUCCGCUGGCGGUUGUGCCCCAGCUCUCGCAAGAGCAGGUCGCUGUACUGCGUUUCCAGCGUUGGCAGAUGGACAGUCCUCUAGUCAGCGAAUUCUUGUUGCUUCACGGCCUCGAUCCGAGCGACUUGGUUGACGACCCACUCGUGCAGGCACGGGGCCUCGCAUCUCGUCCAUCUCGGAACUUUGCUCAUCUGUCAACGUCCACGCACGGCCAAACCGCUGCGCUCUCCUCGCAUUCACGGCAUGCGCGCGUCGCAAGCAUGACGCGCAUGAUGAUCCACGGUUCAAGUCGCUCGCAUGAAAACGAAGGCGGGGUUGCGGAGGCCAGUGUGAAUGGAGCGGGUGAUGCGAGUUUGGACGCACCAACUCGUGAAGUACGCGUAUGUCGCGAACAUUUGUUGCAGUACUUUUGCGGCCUCGGCCGUGUCAACGACAGCAUCCGCAACCGGGCCCGCGAGUCCUUGUACUCUGCCAUCCAGUCCAUCGCCGACGACCAGACUCUGCAGCAGCAAUCGUCAGAGGAUGCUGCCGCAGUCGCCGCACCGUCCGUCUUUUCAUCCGACAUUGCACACACCGUCACGUUGUCGAUCGGCUCGGUGGACCUCCCGGCUCCCCGCGACACCUUCCCAUCGUUGGUCGGCUCGUUUGCUUGGAUGGAAGCAAGGCUCUACUAUGGCAGUACUCUGCUCAACCAGCCCGGAACCGCCUUUGCCACGUCCGCGCAGAAAGUCACCGCGUUUGCCGACCGACUUCUCUUUCACAAUUUCAAGAUUGACUUUGGCGUGGCUCUCCAUUCUGUGCCUCGCGGCACUCGCAUCCAGCUCACAUUGGUCUCGGCACCACGCGCACCAACAGUGGCAGCUGUCGUUGCGAGCCGUAUAACAAGCGCGGGUGAUGCGACAGCGACCAAUAACAACAGCAACAUGGCUGCACAAUCAACAAGCGCGUUCUCCUCAUCAAGCGCAAGUACCUCCGCCGGCGGUGUUCCCCGCCUGGCUACCGUCACGCCGGUCUUGUCCACAACAUCUCGAGUGGUGGCCUGGGCGAAUAUUGCACUUGUUGACUGCGAGGCCAACGUUGCUCAAGGGCAGCUGCAUGUUCGGCUGUGGGAUGGCAUGCAGCCGUCUCUCUAUGGCACUACCUCGACCACGCGGUCGCCGCUGGCGGCGACAGCGCAUGUCGCACUUCAGGCCUUUAGCCACAAAAUCUUUUUCGUUGAUCCUUGGUCCUCCAAAGACCCUCCUUCUCCUUCGCAAGCUCGCAAACAACGUCGCGCACAUCCUGCGAUUCGACGUGGCACGGUAUCGGUUGCGACCUCUGCUGAGGAAGCAGCGGCAAAACCGUUUCGGCACAGCGAUAGCGCUGACGCAUUGCUGCUGCUGCAGCAGACAUCAUCAUUGCCUUCGGGUGAAGACGAAAAGGAAGCCUCGACCACCAGCCUUCCCAGCGAGUCCCAUAGCUCGGAAAGCCACGAGUGCGACGGGGACGCUGCAACAGUUUCGGACACGGUGGCUGCUCCCGAACCACACACCAACUCGGAGGUGCCGUCGUCGUCCCCAUCCCCUCUGCCUUCAAGUAGUACAGCUGCUACUUCAAAAGACCCAGCGCGAAGGCGCCUUGGCAACGCCGAAUCCAGCAGGUUGAGCACCGAUCACGAUGUCAUUGACAAGUUGAUUGCAGUUGAUUGGCUCAACUCGGCGGCAGCUCGCGUUGCGAUGCAGCAAAUCUCCAGCACACCGACGCUGCAGUCCCCGACCGCGGCGCUGCGCCUUCUUGGUGGCGCUUUCCCGGACAGCACGGUUCGCGCGUUCGCCGUCUCGUGUUUGCAUCGCGUGAGCGACGGCGAGUUUGUCGAGUACUCGAUGCAGUUGGUGCAAGCGCUCAAGUUUGAAAACUACCAUGAUUCGCCGCUGGCGCGCCAUUUGCUCGAGCGUGCCUUGUCCGACGACCGAAUCGGCCAACGGGUGUUUUGGUAUCUGCGCUCCGAAGCCAAACUACCCACGUUCCGCGAGCGCUUUUCGCUUCUGCUGGAGGUCUUUAUUGCCUUGUUGGAUCGAAAUCGGCUCCUUCGCCUUGUCCACCAGGUUGAUGUUCACGCAGAACUCGAGUACGUCGCGCAAGCGGUGAAACAUGUCAAGGCGGCCUCGAGACACGCGCUUCUUCAUGCCAUGCUGUCUGCGAUGCGACUCCCGCCCGUGUUCGGCCUUCCAAUCGCUACAACCGAGCGUACCCUUGGAGAAACCUUUGCCGCGGCGCAGAUGCCAGACUCGCCAGUGCUGUCUCGCGCAAUGUCCGUCUCGGUGACUCGCACUCCGAGCACCCGAGGAGGGGGAGGAUCGCACCGGCCUUCUGUGUCUAGCCGGCCGCGGCCCGCUGAUAUUGCCUCGUCUGUUUCGCUUGGGAACUCGGCUACCUUGACAGGAGCUGCGGAAGCCUCUGGGCCCGACUUUAAAAUGUUUUGUGGACUCAACGUGUCCGGGUGCAAAGUGCUCGACUCGAAAAAGCUUCCCUUGUGGCUGUCAUUCAAGACCACCAAUCCGUUUGCACAGCCCUUCUAUGCUCUGCUCAAGUGCGGUGAUGAUGUUCGGCAGGACAUGCUCACCUUGCAGCUCAUCCGCCUGAUGGAUCGACUCUGGAAGGCCAACAAUCUCGACUUGCGCCUCAUCACGUACGACUGCAUUGCCACGGACGUGAGUGGCGCUGGUGUGGGUCUGAUCCAAGCCGUUCGCGAUGCCACCACCCUUUCCGCCAUUCAAAAACUCGUCGCGGGCUCUGCGGCGGUUUUCAAAGAAAACACCAUUUCCGUGUGGCUCCGGCAGCAAAAUCCGAUCGAAGAGGACUAUAUCGCUGCGGUAGACAACUUUACCCUCUCAUGCGCAGGCUAUUGCGUCGCCACCUAUGUGCUGGGCAUUGGUGAUCGCCACAACGACAACAUUAUGUUGAAGAGCGACGGGCACAUCUUCCACAUUGACUUUGGGCACAUUCUAGGCAAUAUUAAGCGCAAGUUUGGCAUCAAGCGCGAGCGCACGCCGUUCAUUCUCACCUCAGGCUUUGCCAAUGUCAUGGGCGGCUCUGGCAAAGACAAUGGCCAGUUCACCAAGUUCCAGGUGUACAGCUGCCAUGCUUUUAUGAUUUUGCGGCAGAAUGCGGCCCUGUUUAUCAACCUGUUGUUGCUGAUGCUUGGCUCUGGAUUACCAGAGCUACGGUCGGAAGACGACAUUGCAUACGUCAAAUCUGCUCUUUUCCUCGACCAAAACGAUGCUGAUGCACUGAGGUCCUUCCAAGAUCUGCUGGCCGGUGUCUUGAAGGCGGAAUGGAGCACGCAAAUCAAUUGGUACAUUCACAAUCUUAAACAUGCAUAAGCAACAAGCGGCAUUUGGUGUUAUGCUUGUUUUUUCAUGCAAUAUGCGUCACAUCACACACAAUUUAUCAAUAAAUCUCAGCAUCACUCA